AUGUCUGUGCGUGUUCUGAAUCCUAAUGCCGAGGUGCUCAACAAAUCGGCGGCGCUUCAUAUGACCAUCAACGCCGCCAAGGGUUUACAGGAUGUCCUCAAGUCAAAUCUCGGUCCCAAGGGUACCAUUAAGAUGCUUGUUGGUGGUUCCGGAGAUAUCAAGCUUACCAAGGACGGGAACACUCUGUUGAAGGAAAUGCAAAUUCAAAAUCCCACGGCCAUUAUGAUUGCGAGGACAGCUGUUGCACAGGACGACAUAAGUGGUGAUGGGACUACUUCCACUGUCAUCUUCAUUGGUGAGCUCAUGAAACAGUCAGAGCGUUGCAUCGAUGAAGGAAUGCAUCCACGUGUCUUAGUUGAUGGUUUCGAGAUUGCAAAAAAAGCUACUCUCCAGUUUCUCGACACUUUCAAGACACCUGUGGUUAUGGGUGAUGAGCCUGAUAAAGAGAUCCUGAAAAUGGUUGCCAGGACAACGCUAAGAACAAAGCUGUACGAAGGCUUAGCUGAUCAACUGACUGAUAUUGUUGUUAAUUCGGUUCUCUGCAUCCGGAAGUCUGAGGAACCUAUUGACCUGUUUAUGGUUGAGAUAAUGCACAUGCGCCAUAAAUUUGAUGUUGACACACGAUUGGUUGAGGGGCUUGUUCUGGAUCAUGGUUCAAGACACCCUGACAUGAAAAGACGCGCGGAGAAUUGUCACAUCCUAACUUGCAAUGUGUCACUGGAGUAUGAGAAGAGUGAAAUCAAUGCAGGGUUCUUCUACUCGAAUGCCGAACAGAGGGAAGCCAUGGUUACUGCUGAGAGACGUUCUGUUGAUGAAAGAGUUAAGAAAAUUAUUGAGCUGAAGAACAAGGUCUGUGCUGGUAAUGAUCACAGCUUUGUUAUCUUAAACCAAAAGGGUAUUGAUCCCCCAUCAUUGGAUCUUCUUGCUAGAGAAGGGAUAAUCGCCCUUAGAAGAGCCAAGAGAAGGAACAUGGAACGUUUGGUUUUGGCAUGUGGUGGAGAAGCUGUGAACUCCGUUGAAGACUUGACCCCGGACUGCCUUGGCUGGGCUGGACUUGUAUAUGAGCACGUUCUCGGGGAAGAAAAGUACACAUUUGUUGAGCAGGUGAAGAACCCUCAUUCAUGUACUAUCCUCAUCAAAGGGCCCAACGACCACACCAUUGCUCAAAUCAAGGACGCUGUCCGUGAUGGUUUAAGAUCAGUUAAGAAUACCUUAGAAGAUGAGUGUGUUGUAUUGGGAGCUGGAGCUUUUGAAGUUGCAGCGAGACAACACUUAAUCAAUGAUGUCAAGAAAACCGUUCAAGGGCGAGCUCAACUCGGUGUUGAAGCUUUUGCUAACGCCCUUCUCGUGGUUCCCAAGACACUCGCUGAAAAUGCUGGUCUUGAUACACAAGACGUUAUCAUUUCUCUAACGAGUGAGCAUGACAAAGGAAACGUCGUGGGACUAAACAUAGAGGAUGGAGAACCCAUCGACCCUCAGCUUGCCGGAAUCUUCGACAACUACUCGGUGAAACGCCAACUAAUCAAUUCAGGGCCGGUGAUUGCUUCGCAGUUGCUAUUAGUGGAUGAAGUGAUUCGUGCAGGAAGAAAUAUGAGGAAGCCUACUUGA